AUGGGGGAAAUGGUGAACUACGGCAGCAGCGACAACGUCGUGGUCCACAUGAUCCACUUUGCCACGCUAGGGGGCACGGACGCCAACGACACGGGCCCCACCAUUGUGUCGAUUGGCAAUGCCGGCAUGCAGGCUGUGUGGGAGGGCAAC